GCUCCUCCUGCUGCUGCUGUGACUGCUCCUGGCCUUGCUUUGGCUCUGACUCUGGCUCUCGGUUUGCCAGCAGCUCCCCAACUACGCUGAGCUAGUCCAGCAGCCUGUCCAGUCUCUCCUUGGCCCCCUGGAGUUCCUCCUUGACCUCCUUGAUGGCCCCCUCUGUUGAUCGUGCCCCCAUACACACUGACAUACACCCAAUGGGACUUCUGCAAUCACAGGAGGAGGCCAUCGAAGAGCUCAAAUUGGCACUUCUGGAGGUCCAAGAUGCCCUGGUCCAGAUGUCUGCCAACGCUGUCAGGCUAAAGUUGCUGCUGAAGCAAGCGCUGAAGCGACAGCGGCAAGAGAAGUUGCGUCAAGAGAAGCAAUAACAAGAGCAG